AUGGUCCAGCACGUCUAUUUGCCGAAUGGGCAGAUAUACACAGUCACUCCCGUCUUUGGCGGGUUCACAUUCAAAUCGACCAACCUCGAUUUGCAUCAUUCGGCAAUGCCCCCGGGAUGGACCGUGAUCCUUCAGACAGAAGACGAGGUGGAAGACGAAGAGCGCAGAAGCAGUAGGGUGUCAGUCAAGCCCAGCGGGGACACGGAAGACGCAGGACAGAAGCAUACCGUCACCCACCGAUUUACCAAACCCACCAUCCAGAGCGACUCCCUCUUCAUCUCGUCGAUAUCCAUGCCGUCGAGUUCGGACUUUAGAAACACCGCCUCGCCGACCCGACACAUUGCGAUGAUGCUUUGGGCGACUUUGUGCUGGUAUUUCCACAAGGAGCCUCCGAACCCCCACGCUCUCACCGAGGCAUCAGCGUUGACCCCAGAGGCAGGGCGACCGAAGCUUGAUUGGCGCAUCAAAAUCAAAAGAGAAGGUAUUUUCAAGGGGAAGAACACCCUGCAGAAACUUGAACGCAUGGGUUUAAUAGCAAGCGAGGACUCCUGUGUGGGCACCGAUACCAACACUCGAUUGCCCAGCGGCUGGGCGGAGACAUUUGUGAGCAGAAAGUCAUUUUGGCAGAUCGAUGCAAGGAUCUUCCUCUAUACAAUGGCGCCUCAAUCGCAUUCCCCAUUUCCUCAAGCCUCGCCCUACCCUUCUCGGCCAUCUUCACCAGAUCGGACCGUUCCUGAACGUGGUUCACCACGACCUGCCGACUAUGGAACAAAUACUGCAAUAUCGGACACCUUCAGCUCGGGCAUCUGGUCGCCUGGAGGACCUUUUAACUCUGGAAGCCAUCUACCUACCUUCUACCCUCCCCCGCCCACCCAGUUCACCUUUACCAACCAUAUUCGUCAUCCGAUACGCCCCAAACCACCACGCCAGGGUGAAUCAUUUUAUACCCGCUAUAUUCCUAGUCUUGGUCAAUGGCUUUCCUUCCGGGUACCAACACUGUCCCCGAAACCAUGUCCUCAAGCCCAUUUUGUGCCCGGGUCGUCUUCUAUGCCGGCAGUGCUGCCGAGUCACUCCGCAGCCGCAUCCAUAGCAACAUUGCCGACGAUGGACAACUUCCUGGAUCGGCCUUCUGACUUGGAUUUGCUUCACAAGUGGAUGAAUGACCCUCGAGUCAAUUCGGCAUGGGGUGUCGCUGGUCCGCUAAGUACGCAGCACAAAUUCUUGAUUGACGGCCUCCAAAGCCGACACUCGUUCCCUGUCUACGGCUGCUGGGACGGCAAACCAUUUGGAUAUUUUGAGAUAUAUUGGGUGAAAGAGGACCGAUUGGGCCGACUACUUGGGGGAGAAGUUGGCAAUUAUACGCGCGGGUUGCAUGUGCUAAUUGGUGAAAACGAGUUCCGAGGCCCACAUCGAGUCAAGGUUUGGUUGUCUGCGCUGGUACACUAUUGCUUCCUCGCGGACUCCCGCACCGAGACAGUGAUGUUGGAGCCGAGGGUCGACAAUGAAAAAUUUAUCACCUAUCUGAAAGAUGCGGGGUUUUACAAGCAAGGCGAGGUUAGCUUCCCGCAUAAGCAGUCAGCUAUCAUGAAAAUUGACCGAGAAUCUUGGGAAGCGCCUGAGCUCUAG